AUGGAAGGAGGAAGGGGGAGGCACAAGAGGGUGAUGGCGCCGCUGGACGAGGCGGCGAGACUGAGGCUGUGGGGGAUUCCUGACGUUGGCGAUGGCAAGAGGAAGAUGGAUCGGCCGGUAGGGGAGGAAAUCUGGCCGGAGCUGGCGGAACUCGUUGGCUCGUUCUACGGCGAGGAAGGAGACGUCGCCUUGGACGAGAGCCUCACGGUGAGGCGGCGGCGGAGCGAGAGGGAGCGCUUGGACGCUCUGGUCGCCGCUGCGAGAUGGGAUCAGGAGGGGAGCAGAAUAGUUGCCGAGGCGGAGUCGGCCUGGCGGAGCAUCGACAGUGAUGGUGAUCCGGCAGAGGGAGACGCCGGAUCGAAGAGGCGGAUGAUGCGGUGGCUUCGCGAGAGCGGCUUUGACGCAGGUGGGACGAUCCUCUUUCCCUCUCCCUCUCUCUCUCCUCUGCAGUCGAUCGAAAUUGCGAUCAGAUCCGAAGAAAUGAUAGUGUAAUUGCGGAUAAAUUUUGAAUUCGACCGUCUGGAGUUGCGGCAAAAUUCUGAUCGGCGGUGGCGUGUGUUUCCCCAGGGCUCUGCAGAUCCCGGAGGGACGAAACCGAGGAACUGGCUCCGGUGGCGCACGAGUACAUCGACGUGAUAUGCGAAGGAGGCGAGCGGUACAUCGUCGACUGCCACCUCGCGGCCGAGUUUGAGAUUGCGCGGCCGACCCCGCACUACCAGUCGCUCCUCGGCCUCCUGCCGGAAGUCUUCGUCGGCGACUGCGACUCCCUCAGGGACGUGGUGGCCCUACUGUGUGCCGCCGCGGGGGAGUCCAUGCGCAGUAGGGAGAUGCACGUCCCCCCGUGGCGGCGAGGCCGGUACGUGCAGGUGAAGUGGUUUGGCCCUUACCGGCGCAGCACCACCACCGGCCAACGGCUUCCCAAGGGGUGCAACGACGCCGCUCGGAGAGGGGCGGCCGGAGGCGAGGUGGCGAUGCCGACUCUGAGCGCGAGUUAUUGCAGGCCAGCGUUGGCACGGAGAACGGAGGGAUUGGAACGCAGCAGGAAGCUGGCCGUGGGAUUCAACGGCGGUUGCUUGUGA